AUGACUGCCCGGUUGAUUAUAUUUUCUAUUUUGUUCUUAUGCAUAAAAGAGGACGCAACAAGUCAAUUUCAAAGCCUUGACAAAAAGUUUCAUUUGGUAUCUGAAUCGUAUCAUAUGGCCAAAACUUUAUUUAUACAAGGAAGAAAUAAUUACGAUCAGCUAAAAGAGAGAUCAUUAAAUACCACGAAUAUGUUCCUUGACUUAGUUGAAAUGUUAAACGAUUUAAUGGCAAAAGAAUUAAGAAGUGCCGUUGUCAAAUUUUAUAAAGUAAAAUUUUUACACGAUUUCUCAAACUAUAUCAUACAUAUGGAAGAGAUAAUUGAUAUAGUGGAUCACUGUCUCAUAGAACCUGUUGAGAAAAUAAAAUUCAUAAGAAACCAAUUUUAUGUAUUGAUAAAAAAUUUUGAAGACGUGAGACAUUUUGAUACAGUCGAUUUAUGUCACAAUGAAUUACCCGAUGAAGUUGCUGUAGUUCACUGUAUACUUCAUCAAGCUGUUUUGUUUAAUGAAACUAUGCAAAAUGAUCUAGUUGCUGUUGUGGAGAUUAAAACAAAAAAGUGUGCACAAGACGUUAAUUCAACUUUAUAUGCGGUGCAAGAGUGUCUCCACCAGUUUGUUCCUAAUUUCUUUGAUCAACUCCUUGUCGAUGCCUAUUCAGAAAACUGUGAAUAUUUAAAAGUAGUUAACGCUUCAAUGUAUGAUUUUACAACAGACACGUGGCGAAACAGCUAUCAGGCGUUAUUUCCCCAGAAAUGGGGAAAUUUCGUUAAUAUCCUAAAGACAAAGUUAAAAUCAGCAAAUGAAAACAUACAAGAGCCUCUAUAUAUGACUCUUUUUUCUGCUAAUAUUUCAUCACAUGAUAUUGUUAAAGCUCUUUACAUAUAA